AAGUUCGAAGGAAGGAACCCCGGGAGGAGUAUAGUAGUAGCGUGAAAAAAAAGGAAUAACGGAAUGAAAGGGGGGUGACGAAAAACGAAUUUGAUAGUGGUGGUGGUAAAGCGCUCGCGCGCGCAGACAAAUUUCGUUCGCAAGGGAUAACCCCUCCGGAUGAUGUUGGGUCCGAGUGAGAGCCGGCGUAUAAAUGUUGCGAGUUUGAAAUAACCGUCGUACAUAAGAGACACUAGCGAAUAAGAAAAGAUAAUAUAAUGGCGUCAAAGGCCCAUGUGGAUGGCUCGGUGAAUGAGAGACGAUUACGACCGAUUUAUGAUUGGUUGGACAAUGGAAACAACAAAAAAGCGUUGCAGGAGGCUGACAAGGUGCUUCGAAAAAUGCCGACGAAUCAGUGCGCCAGAGUCCUCAAAGCACUUGCACUUUUGCGCCUCGGCAAGGAGGAAGAAUGUCUCUCCAUCAUGGAUACAGUCAGAGCUGAGGUUCCCUGCGAAGAUUCUACCCUUCAAGCCAUGAGUAUUUGUUACAAGGAGACUCAUCAGCCGGAUAGAAUAAGGGAGGUUUACGAAGCUGCAGCGAAAACUGAUCCAACCAACGAGGAACUUCUUACUCACCUCUUUAUGGCCUACGUGAGACUGGGUGAUUACAGGAGGCAGCAACAAACCGCGUUGGCCCUGUACAAAUUGAAAGCCAAAAAUCCUUACUAUUUCUGGGCAGUUAUGAGUGUAGUAAUGCAAGCGGUUAGUGCAGACGACAAAUUGGCAAAGCAGGUGAUAUUACCUCUCGCCGAAAGAAUGGUUCUCAAACUCGUUGGCGAGGGUAAACUCGAAGCGGAACAAGAAGUUCAACUUUAUCUUAUGAUACUGGAGCUUCAAGGUAAGAGCGAAGAGGUUUUAAAAGUCUUACUAGGACCUUUGGGCUCCCUUCUUUCCUCCGUACCGCAACGUAAAGCCCUGCUACUGCUUCAGUUGGAACGAUACAGCGAAGCUGCCAACGACUUUAGAGAGCUUAUCAGCCAGGACGUCGAUAACUGGGCCUACUACAAGGAUUAUUUAACAUGCGCUCUCCGACAGCAGAGCCCCAUCGAGUGUCUAGAAUUUCUCAACAAAAUGAGUCGAAGGAGUGAGAAAAAGGCGAGAGCGCCUUAUCUUGCGCGGUUCGAGCUCUACAAACGUCUCGGUUCAAGCGCACCUUCGGAUGAUGGAUCCUUCGAUAUCGUCGAUCUCAUGCAACAGUAUUUCCUCCAAUUCGGUGAAAAAAAUUGCGUCGUUGGUGACCUCAGACUGUAUCUCAAUCUUCUAACGGUCGAAGAACGGUUAGAGUUCUUGCGUAAGAUCGACGAACAAGUGGGUGUGGCGUCCGAUAGUUACCCCGAAUGCGGGGAACAGAUGCAACGACACAUCCAUUAUGAACAAUUGCGAAGGAUUUGCGGAAUGCAUCAUCCACCGUACGCCGAUACCGAUAAGAGAAAGCAACUCGUUGAGCGGUUUCGUAAUCUUUAUGAAAAUGGAAACGAAGCCUGUCCGGCUUCCGAGAGGCUACCGACUGAUUUCUCACCAGCCGAUUCUUACGUACUCUUAGCUUCUCAUCUAUACGUUCAACUGUGGUUCGAGACGAGAGACGCUUCCCAUCUGUACAGGGGUAUGGCUGUCCUCGAACGCGCUCUGACGAGCAGUCCGGCAAAUUUCCAUCUGAAAAUCAUGCUAGUGAGAAUUUAUCUCGAAGCUGGUCUGGUCGGGGGAGCUGACCACGCCUUUGCUCUUCUGGAAGCGAAACAGAUACAACUCGACUCGUUGGGCUACCUGCACACUCCUCUUCUCGCUCCCAUGGGUCAUCUUACUCGCGCCACAGCACUGCUCGAUCACACCGCCAAAUUUUUCGUAGCGAAUUACAAACAGAGUGCGGAUCAUCUGACCUUCGCCUACAAAUACGGGAGCUUUGUGAAGAUCCAAGAAUUCGUUGAGCUCAAGGAGAGACUGGAGAAUUCUCUACAUUUUGCCACAACGUCCGUUGACAAAAUGCUACUCGAAUUAAGCUGGUGCGACACCCCGGUCACGCUUUCGAAUACUCUCUCGAACAUGAAAAUUCAACCGCAAGAGGACACGAUCCAGUGGCAACUUCUCCGGGACAACCGAGAUCUUGAGGUCGUCGUAGGCUGGGAACCCCUGGACGAGAACGAGCCUGAUCCGAGGAUGCGGGAGGAAACGCGAUCCUGCAUGUUCGGAUUAUUGUCAGCGAGAAGUUUGAUAUUGAGAAUGAUCGCAGCGAGCGCCGAGCCGGAUUGCUCGUCUCUCCUCGAGAGUCUCGCGGACCAACUGGAGAAAGUCAACGAUCAAGACAUCCCUCGAUAUUUGGAGAAAUUCCAAGCACCAGGAUCGGACAAAACCAAAGCCGAAAGCGUGCUCGUACCGCUCGACGCGUUUGAACGUUUGCGCGAAGCUCAUUGCUCCGAACAGUUGAGACUCUUCGCGGAAGUGGCUCGUUCGCUCGCGCGGUCUCCGUCUCCCGAUUAUGACUCAAUAGCACGAUCUCUACGCUCGUCAAAAGCUCUCCAGCCCGGGCCGCAGCCUCCGAUCGACGUUCCCGUUUCGUACAAAGCAUUUUUCAUGAGGGCCUCUACGUGCGGCGAGAGCCUUGCUCUCCUCGGUGCCAUGUGCGUCGCCUACACGAAUCGUUCCCAACAACGAGCUACCACCGUCACUGCCAAUAGGAAGAAAAACAAGAAAGACGCGAACGCUAUCGUAGCCUCGCAAUCCGAUUACUCCCAGACGUGGCAGGAAAUCGGAGCGCUACUGGCCGAGAGAAUAAAGAGUCUUGAAGCGGAGCUCACGGAGUUGGAAAAAAUCCACGUAUUUACGGAUUUGCCAGCGGACGAGGACGCUUGGAUGCUCGUGGGGGAUCGUGCCCAAGAAAGUCUUUGUCAAACCUGCUGGACUCUCAAGUCACGCCUUCAACUUACAACUCGACUGUUAAACGGCUUGAGAAGCUGAAACUUGCUGCUCUUCGUAUACUGUACAAAAAAUUGUCCUUUUGCGAGUUUUAUUUUCUCAAUCCAUAUCGAUCACGAAUAAUGAUGAACACGAACAGACGAAUAGACUCCUGUAUAUAUAUUUUAUGCGGUUUCAAAGUGGUACCACUAUUUUAUCGCCGCUACUUCUCUCUUUCUCAGUCUCGCGCCUUCGAAUUAAUGGCUAUUGCAAAAACGACGUAACGAGAUGGCGAAACUCGCGCCGGAGAUCUUUCCUGUUCUCGUCUCACGUGCGUUUGUCCCAGUGAAUUUUUCUACUUGCGUUCAUUUUCUCAGUCUACUUUAUUAUUUCGAACGCGUACCACAGCAGAUUCGUAAAUCAUUUACAGAAUCGCCUUGAUUACGCGAAACAAAGAUAUUUGGAGAAUAAACACAUUUUCAACUUUA